AUGGCUUUUGCUUCCAAUUUAGCCUUCACUUUCAUACUUCUUUGCUUCAUUGUUGUCACCUUUGCCUCAACCAAUGUUCAUAUUGUGUAUAUGGGUGACAGAAGCCAAAACCAGAAUGAUUCACAACUACUUGAAGAGUCCCACCAUGACAUGCUAUCAUGUAUUCUUGGAAGCAAAAGGGCUGCUAUGAAGUCCAUCCUGUAUAGCUAUAAGCAUGGCUUUUCUGGUUUUGCUGCAGUUUUGACUCCGUCUCAAGCUAAGCUCAUCGCAGAUUUUCCGGGCGUUGUCCGUGUGAUUCCUAAUAAGAUUCUUAGUCUUCACACAACAAGAAGCUGGGAUUUCUUGCACGUAAAGCAGGAUAUCGUAACUGGUGUUCUUUCUAGAGCUCAAUCUGGAAGAGGCACCAUCAUUGGUAUCAUAGACACUGGUAUUUGGCCUGAGUCUCAUAGCUUUAGAGAUGAUCAUAUGGGUAAUCCUCCUCCUCGGUGGCGUGGAAUAUGUCAAGAAGGAGAAAACUUCGACCGCUCCAACUGUAAUAGGAAAAUUAUCGGCGCGCGUUGGUAUAUUAAAGGAUACGAAGCAGAAUUCGGAAACCUAAAUACGAGUGAAGGGGUAGAGUACUUAUCUCCGCGAGAUGCAUCAGGCCAUGGAACUCACACAUCAUCGACUGCAGCCGGCAUACUAGUAGAAAAUGCGAACUUUAAAGGACUGGCUAAAGGAUCAGCAAGAGGCGGGGCUCCAUCAGCUUGGUUAUCUAUCUACAAAAUUUGUUGGUCAACUGGAGGCUGCAGCUCUGCUGACCUUCUAGCAGCGUUUGAUGAUGCUAUAUUCGACAGAGUGGACAUUAUUUCAGCGUCUCUCGGCUCAUAUCCUCCACUUCCUACUUAUGUUGAGGAUGUGUUGGCCAUUGGUUCCUUCCAUGCUGUUGCUAAAGGGAUUUCUGUUGUAUGUUCUGGUGGUAACUCUGGACCAUAUGCUCAAACUGUCAUCAAUACUGCUCCUUGGGUUAUUACCGUUGCUGCAAGUACCAUCGAUAGAGAAUUUCCAUCUACAAUUAGCUUGGGAAAUAAUCAAACUAUACAGGGUCAGAGUUUAUAUACAGGAAAAGAAUUAAACAAGUUUUAUCCUAUAGUGUAUGGAGAAGAUAUAGCAGCUUCAGAUGCAGGUGAAGAAAGUGCAAGAAGCUGUGAAUCAGGAAGUCUAAACUCCACCUUGGCCAAGGGAAAAGCAAUUCUGUGUUUUCAGUCUCGGUCGCAGCGCUCGGCAACGACUGCUGUGAGAACUGUAAUGGAAGCUGAGGCUGUUGGUCUCAUAUAUGCUCAGUUUCCAACUAAAGAUGUUGAUAUGUCUUGGGAUAUACCAUCUGUCCAAGUUGAUUUCAUAGCAGGAACAAAAAUUCUAUCAUACAUGGAAGCUGCUAGGAAUCCUGUAAUCAAGUUUAGCAAAACCAGAACCAUUGUGGGGCAACAGAUGUCUCCUGAUGUCGCAUUCUUCUCAUCGCGUGGACCAAGUUCUCUUUCUCCUUCAGUUUUAAAGCCCGACAUUGCUGCUCCCGGGGUUAAUAUUCUGGCUGCCUGGUCACCUGCUUCUUCUUCCAGCCUAGAAUCUGAUACAAGUCAAGAUGAGUUAUCAUCUCUUAACUUCAAAAUUGAAUCAGGAACUUCAAUGUCAUGCCCCCACAUAUCCGGUAUCGUCGCACUUGUAAAGACUAUCCAUCCAACUUGGAGCCCCGCCGCAGUUAAAUCCGCCCUUGUCACAACAGCUUCUCUAAAAAAUGAGUACAGUCAAUACAUUGGAGCCGAGGGAGCACCGUACAAACAAGCCGAUCCAUUUGACUAUGGUGGUGGACAUGUUAACCCUAACAAACUCGCAGAUCCUGGUCUCGUAUACGACUUAGAAAAAACAGAUUACAUGAAUUUCCUUUGUUCCAUGGGCUACAAUAACACUGCUAUAACCUUAUUAACAGAUUCUCCUACCAAGUGCAUUAAAUCAAGAAAGUUCUUGUUGAAUAUGAACCUUCCUUCUAUUACUAUUCCUGAACUGAAGCAACCUUUGACAGUAACAAGAACCGUGACUAAUGUUGGUCCUAUUAAGUCUACCUACAUUGUUCGUGUUGCGGCUCCAACUGGCAUAUCAGUGACAGUUGAGCCAACAGUGUUGAGAUUUAACGAGAAAAGAAAGAAGAUGAAAUUCAAGAAUCAAAGUUGGACUCCUGCUGAACAACAAGAAUCCAUAUCCGUUCAAGAAUGCUUAGCUUGCACAUUAUAG